UUUACAGUCAGCACAACAACAUCCACAGCAAGGUGUGUGUGAUGCCCGAGCUUUUACCUUCAGACAAGACCUUCAGUCGGCUUGUUAAACAGCCAGGACUGACAUUCAGCCUGAAAGGUCAAACGCUGUGAGGGUGGAGUCCAAUGGAUCAUGGUGGUCAGUUUGAGAUAAAGGGCAGAGUAAUGUCUCAUGUGCCUGUGGACGGGGUUGACCUCUGCGAUAACCUUCCCAACACAGAACAUGUCACUGCUCAAUCUGGAAACGUCAACGACACAAAGACACUCACACAGAAUCAGAGUGAGGAGGCGGGAGGGGGCAGGCUCAUCCAGAAAAACUCCUUCAGCAACAAUGGGAAGAAUGAGGAGGACGACGAGGGUAGGGAAGGAUACUCAGAGGAGGAGGAAGACUUUGAUGAGAUGAUGAAAGAUGAUGAGGAGGAGGAAUCGAGCAGUCUGAUCCACUGCCAGUCUCCAGACACUCCCAUGACUGAUUCUUCAUAUUCAGAAACUGGCAGUUUGUUGGAGACUCCAUAUCCCUUCAGCCCUGGGACCAGUCCAGAGCCCACAUCCCCUGUCAUUCCAGUGAUCAGCCCAGAAUCCUCAUAUCCCAUCAGUCCGGUGGACUUCAGUCGCAGUGACGUCAAAGUGGACCCUGAUGUGUCAGUUGCCUUCACCACGGGGCCUUUAAAGUCUAAUCCACUAACUACAACCUCAGACACAAAGGCCACCAGUCCAACGGAGCCGGAGUGUAUCACCGAAGCAAAAAGUACAGACUCUGCUGUAGUACAUGUUACCUCAUCUACAGAGCCUGUUUGCAACCACGAGCCUGACACUUCACAUGCAGGACCUAUCACCUCUACUGCAGAGACAUUCACAGUCACAAGUCUCAACACCUCCAUCUCUUCCACGACCAUGUGUGCACCAACUACGGCCCGUGCAUCCACCACAGGGCCUACAUCUACUGGGACAGAAUCCACCUUCACCACAGGACCCAUGACUUCCUCGUGUUUGUCAGUUUCUACCUGCUCACCUGGGAGUAUUCCAAGCCCUGCUCUACUGAAGGCCCUUGAGCAGUUGGCACAGAGAGGGGAUGACUCUCACCUUCCUCAUUACCUUCACCAGAUUGCCGAGGCCUUUGUCCUUCACAGAGACUACCAGCGAGCUUUAUGGUGCAUCCAUCUAGAGAGACUCUAUCACCAGAGGUUACUGGACAACCUGAAUAUACUACAGCAGCAGUGGGAGAGUCAGUGUGAAAGGACUUCGUCAGACCUGGCAACACAACAUCUGGACCCUCUUACACAUAUCUGCCAGACGCACAGUCGGCCAAGUGGUUGUGAUGCUGCGUGUUCAUCUCUGGACUUUCUGAGGCCUACAGAAGAAAGUGAUUCACUGCCUUCAUGUACCUCAGGCCACCAGGUUGACAGAGGGGCAGAGCAGAUAGCCAAAGACUCCUCCCGUCGUCAGAUCAGUGACUCAGUCAUAACCUUUGAUAAUUUGCCUGAUAAGCUCAGUUUCCCUGACGUUUCAGAUCAGCACAGAGAAAACCCAGAGAGCGAGGUGGAAAAGAGGGAUGGUCCCUGUGGCUGUCAGCUGACUGAAGAGCAGAGCAGUGACAGGGAGGGAGGAGUGGGUCAUACCACUUCAACCAAAGGCAAUGGUCUGCACCCCUCUACAGCUGGAGAAAUGGAUCAGCCCAAGCCCGCAGAGCAGCAAGGAGGAGAUUUAGGUCUCGCAGAGGAAAAGGAGGCAAAAAGGGAGGAGGAGCAGGGGGACGUGGAGGAAGCAGCAGAGGCUUUGGAGAUGGAAGAUGAGGGAGAGGAAGAAGAUGAGAAGUGUAAGGGAAGAGACGCUGCGCUUUGUCAGACAGCUCUCCCAGUGGAUACUCUGGUCAGUGGGACAGAGGUGGAGGUACAACAGCUACACCAGGAAGCCCGGGCUGAAGAGAAACGACACGAGGACAACCAGGUGACCACUGAAACCUGCCUCCACCAGGAGGCCCACCUCACUCAGGAGGCUCAUGUUGAGCAGACAGGGCAGGAAGAGGAGGAGGAGGAGGAAGAGGAGGAGGAGUAUGAAUAUGAAGUCGAGCCAGCUGACAUCAUCAGAGAAGCUGCUUCACUGGAUGACAUGGCUAAACUCAUCACUGUAGAAGACAUGUCUCCUGCCUCUGGCCUGGUCUCCAUAUUGAAGAAGAGGAGUGUGCGUGUGCACACCGUGACUUUGUCUUCAAGCUCAGAACCCCAGCAGGAGAAAUCCACUGCCAAAAGACGAGUUCGCUUCAAAGUUCCUGAGGACGAUGACCAAGAGGUUGGCAGUAGUGACUCCUGCCUGCUUCUCUUCCUGCUGUGUCUGGUCACUGUAGUAAUCAGUGUGGGUGGCACCGCCCUGUACUGUGCUCUGGGUGAUGCCCACUCCUCCGUCUGCCAGGACUUCUCCCGAAAUGCAGACUUCUACAUUGGGCAGAUACAGCGUGGAAUGGCUCAUAUCCAGCAGUGGUUCAGCCCCGGGUUGUAGCAGCGGACAGUGAGUUAGCACUGUAGAGCCUCUGCUGGCCUUACUCUUUUCUACUGCAGCUGCCUCUGCUGGUUACUUGGACAAUGUUUUUGGAGAUAAUGGUGCCAGAGGGUUCCCUCCUGGUGUUUGGAGUAAGUGGCUUUUUUUCGCUGCCUAAUUGUCAAAGGAUUAGAUCAGACACAGUUAGCAUAUGAGUCUGUUCUCUGGCAUUUCUUAAUGCACUGUAAAUAUAAUUUUAGGUUUCUCAGAUACUGAAAGUCAUAGAUAAGAUGUCCCAUAACAAUAAGAGCUGAGAUUUGUCUCCAUAUGUACGUCUACAAUCGAAAAGCGAGUGUCGAGAUGUUUUGGAGUAGAGCUGUGUGAGGUACACGUACAUAGUCAUUAUAUUUCAUGCAGAUGACUGCACUCUGUGGACACUUUUGCUGAGAAGCAGCAAAGGGGCGAGUGGGGCACAAGCUCAUUGAUUGUGGCUGCAAUCGGGGGCAGCAGCAAAAACAAAAAUCAUUUUAGCCACUAAAAUAACUCGCCUAAUGAAAUCUAGAUCACUGUUAGUGUCCUGAAAUAGUCCACUGCUUUACCUUGCUGUUUCACAGACAGUCUUUUCCAACAUGUAACUGUAAUCACCAAGUUUGUGUCACUCAAAUCCAAACAGCGAUGUCAAAGUCACACACGAGGACAAAUGACCUUAGUGAUGGAGGCACCAUUAGACCAACAUCUUCUGCAUUUUCUGAGUCAAAAUUAUUAUCUUUGCCAUUUUACUUUACUAACGUCAGUUUGCUGUCGUAAAAAGUGAAACAGCAACUGGUCUAUAUUUAAGAAUAUAAAACACCAGAAACAUGUUUUCCCUUGAGAGAGCAGCGAGAAGAAGAAGGGAAAGCAGUGAAAGCAUUUUGUAAAAUAGAUUUUGUUCAGUGAGUCUUUUAUUCGUUUUUAGUCUAGUCUAUUUAUUAAGUUUUCUCAUCCUUGGUUGUAGUCAUGUUUUAAUGAGCUUCUUUAUGUACCCCCUUUCCCCACCUGCCUCUUGGCAUAGGGAGCACAAAAAGCACCUGUAUGUAACACACUGACUGUUCAAGUACGUCAUGCAACCCUACUACAAAAAUCCUGAGCUAUCCUUUCAAGAUUAAAGAAAUCACUGGUUGGUAAAUCAGCGAACAUCAAGUGAACAAAACCUGAACUCAGCCCUGGACAGAAUAAAUGUAAAUGUAAAAGCAGCUGUGACCCACACAGAUGGAAAAAAAGAUGAAAUGUAUGUAUAAUGUACAGUAGAGUUUGUUACCUGUGGGGCACAGAGUUGCUCGUGUCCCACAAAUUGCACAAAUGGGACGUGGCCCACUGGUCAUUUUACAAACUGCUACAACCACUGGUGUAGCUUUUAUUGUUCAUUUUUUUAAAACUCACAAAUGAAAAUUUAAAACAAUGAAAUGUUAAUGUCUCAAACCUUUGGAUGAAUGUUUUUUUUUUUGGGGGGGUGAUCAUCGUUAAACUUUGCUUUGUGUAAUCUGGAGGGCAUUUCUACUGUUGAUUGUCAGAUUUAACAGGGUUUUUUUUCAAAUCUGUGCUGCUCAUGGACAGCAGGAACAUCAAAUGUGUCCCAUGGGGGAAGGUUACAUUGCAGGUGUUAUUGCAGUUCAUGUAACAUUGCAGAUUUUAAGUAUAUGUAGCACUGGCGGUCGACGAGCAGUUGCUCAAGUAUUGUAACAUGUUUCAGCCUUACGCCUUGUUUCCAUGUAGCUCUGUGUUCAUAUGAGAGUCAACCGAAAGUCAACCUCCUCCCCUCAGGUAUUUCUCGAUCCAGAAUUCACCCGUAUGAAAAAAAAUGUUGUUGCAUUUUGGAAGACCUGACGCACUUUGUGUCACAGGAAGUCAGCAAAAAACAAACUAGCCAACAGUUUGUGUUAGUUGAUUCAGUUGUUUUGCUGAUAGGCACACUGUGUAACACUUGUGUAGUUGAAUAUAAACUUAAUCUGUCCAUUUCAUUUGUUAACUUCCUGUCUAUUAACUUUCCCCUCUUUCCUCCCUGAGCAUUUAUUCACAGACAGACAGAAAGCCUAACCUCACGAGGACCAGCCUCCUUGUGGAGUUCUGGCUCCUGAUUGGAUAAUGUGUUGUGAGAUACUGCAAAUGUUUGUCGGACCCAUGUCACUGAGCUACCGCUCUAGAUUGUCAGAGACAUAGUUGAUUGUUAACUCUCAUCUCUGGGUGGUUAUUUACUAAUGUUGCUUGGAUGGUAGCUUUCUGUCCACCUGGAAUAGCAGUCUUUCCACUUAAGGUGUCCAAAGGAGGUUCUCUCUCGGAUCACUUGAUUUACGUUAUGCUGAAAGGUUUUUGUGGAAUUAUUCUGCAACUACAACUAAAUUAUCUCGCCUACCUCAGCUUUAACCACCACUUUUAUAGCAAUAUCAGGGGCAUUUGAUAUUACACAAAACCAGGCAGUAAAAAAACCACAACAGAAUCUUCCUCUGUGGCUGCGGUGGCGUCCAUCGAUACGAAUGCUUUUCUUUGCGUUAAACUCCAUGGUGCUGACUCUGUAAAUGAAACAGAAGGACAGGCACGAGACUGUGGAAACGGGACAGCCGCACUCUCAACGUCAACAAUGAACUUUCCCCUCUGCACACGUUUGACAUGCGUGUCCUGUUGCCGCCAUUUGCCAUGUAGCUACCACCGAUAGAUCUACAGCGAACUGACGUAGCCGCCCCUGGAGACUAUAAGCCAAACCAACCGUUUGUAGUUUUCAGUGAGCUUUUCUUAGCUUUGUGUAUCAUAUGCAACGUAAACAGGAACAAACCUCUGCACCUCUGUAUAUAUAGGCAGAAGAAUGUUUUACAUGUUGCACAUGGGACUGGUACGAUUUUUUUUCCCCUUCAAAUUGAUAUUGCAAUAUUUUAACACAUGGCUUUUUUUUGGUCCUGCACUAAAUGUGGGUUUUACAUGAUUUAACACAAACUGCAUUCAGAAAAAUCAAUGUCUUUAUAGUGUCAUGAUUAGCCUAACCUACAUAAUUGUGAUUCCCAUCACAUCACUGUACCUUACAGUCCGGUAAGAAACAGAGUUUCAAUGCAUCAUGAAUAGGAUACAGACAUUUAAAGUGGAAACAAGAAUCUUCUAAGUAACAUCAUUACAAGUCAUGUGGUCCAGGAAUGACUGACAAAAUGCUGGCUCCCCCUUGUGGCACUAAGAAAUAAAUCACUUUACUAUAUGUUGAUGAAGUAAACGGCUGUUUCAAGCCUCUCACAUGAAAUUAGGGCUGCAACUAAGUGGCAAUGUUUCUCAAACCUUGUAACAAUGAUGUUCUCAAAUGUCUUAUUUAGUCCACAAACCAAAAUGAUUCAGUUUGAAUGCUUUCUCUGUUAUUUGGAGCAAAGAAACAAGACAAUAUUCACAUUUAAGAAGCCGAAAAAUCAGACAAACAAUAAAUUUUCAAAAUAUUUGAUUAUAAUUUAGUAACUGAUUAAUAAUCAAGUAAUUGUUUCAGCCCUGCAUGAACUAUUUAGGAUGUUCCCCAUUAAAGAAAAACGAUUAUAGUUCAAUCUCUUCAUUGUACAUUUGCUAUGCACAGAUCAGCCCUGGGUGUGGAAUAUUUCAGUAAAAAACAUGAUAAAUGGGAAAUGUAGGUAAUAACAUUUAUUCAGUACGGUAUGGGUUGACAUGUCAGCCCAGGUCUGUUUACCUGUAUGUUUGCAGUUGUUGUGCACAUGUCUAACUCAAAUGUGUUCAAAUCUGCUGACAUUUGAAGUUUUGUGUCCUGUUUUUUUUUCCCCUUGUCAUUCUGUGUUGAAGUGGAUGCCAUAGAAAAGUGCCCUAGAAAAACCACAUAUCUUGCAAAGGUCACAAAGCAAAGAUGUCUCUUUAACUAUGCAUUUUACCAGAUGAAGAUAAAACUGUUUGACACUCGAUGAGGCAAAUACAAAAAAUUAAAGUGAGAUAUGAGGUUUUCCUAGGAAGUUGGAAUGGUAGGUUGAGUCUUGUUUUUAUUUGCACAAGUCCUCUGGCUGGUUCAGAUGACUAUCACUCAGAAAACCUCCUAUUUAAUCUUUUAGAUAAUUUUACAUAUUUAUACUACUAAAAAAAAAGAUCUUUGCUUGAUUGUUAUCAUUAUAUGUCGCAUAGGUUUUUCAUCUCAUAUAGCCGUUGCUUGUAAGGAGGCUUUGUCAGGAAUUUUGAUUUAUUGUUUUAUAUAAUUGCUGAACACUUCGUUCCUUGUCGUGAAUGGGUUUUUUUUAAAUCACGUUUUGAUUUGGGGAAUUCCUGAAGAUGAUUUUAAACUGGUCAGUUUGUGCUUUUGCUGUCAGUCAUGUCCUCUUCACUAACAGAUGGUGAAAUGUUUCUUCCAGCUAAAUACAUUUUUUUUUCACAGCAUGAAGCUAAUGAUUGAAAAACGUGUUUUGUGUGAGAAUGAGUGCUCUGUCACUGUUACCAACUCAUUAAAAAUUGUUUUAGGAAUUGUUUAA